AGCCAGCAAAAACAGAAUCCUAACCAAGCAAGAGCGCACACCAUGGCAGCCAGGCUCCUCUUCUCCCUCCUCCUCAUCCUUCUCGUUGGCUCCCACGGAGCGUUUGCCUCCGUGCAGGAGACGUGCGCGAAGGCGAUGAAGGGAUCGGAGCACAAGAACCUUGAGUCCUUUUGCGUGACGACGCUCCAGGCGGCGCCGGGGAGCGCCUCCGCGGACGCGAAAGGGCUGGCCGUGAUCGCCACGAACCUGACGCUGGCCAACUACACGGCGGCGGUGGCCACAAUCAAAGAGCUGCAACGGCGCGGGGGCUGGUCGGACAAGCAGCAGGCCGCGCUGGCCACGUGCCGCCGGCGGUACAUCGAGGCGCUGAACGUGGUGCACAGCGCCGUCCACGCGCUGGCCACGGGGCGGAAGCAGGCGUACGUGGCCGAGAUGGGCGCCGUCAGGAGGUCCGCCAUCGACUGCGACGACGCGUUCGGCGGACGCGGUGGCGACGACGCGUUCGGCGGACGCGGUGGCGACGCCGCGGCGAAGCCGGGGGAGGCGCCUCUGCGCAAGGUGAAUGACGACGCGGAAAACCUGACCACCAUGGCCAUGCUGAUCGUGAUCACGCUGUAGCGGGCACAUUAUACGUAGUAGAUCUUGCCGUACGUGAUCAGCGUCAGGCAGACCGGUCGAUGGAGAAGAAAAUAACCGAGUGUGUGAUUUGACUUGUUUGUGCCGUUAAAUUCCUGUUGGCUUGCUAUGAUGCUAUCUUGGGAUUUGCUUAGCCCAUAAAUUUGUAUCCCUCUCGUCCAUGCUGCCUG